UAAAGUCCUCCUUGGCCUUGGUAAAGCCUUCCUCUUUUCUCCUCAGAAGUUUCUCCAACCCGUGUCUCAGAGAUGAGAGCUCAGGACUCCAGGAGCCCGACACAGCAUGAGUCCCUGGGUUCAGCAGAGGAUUCUACCAGGGACCGGAAGACAUCCUUGCCCAUGGAGCCCAAGUUGGACAUGUUGUACAAGAUUGAGGAUGUGCCGCCAUGGUACCUCUGCAUCCUGCUGGGCUUCCAGCAUUACCUGACGUGCUUCAGUGGCACCAUCGCUGUACCCUUCCUUCUGGCUGAGGCGCUGUGUGUGGGCCGCGACCAGCACAUGGUCAGUCAGCUCAUCGGCACCAUCUUCACCUGUGUGGGUAUCACCACUCUCAUCCAGACUACAGUGGGCAUCCGGCUGCCGCUGUUCCAGGCCAGCGCCUUUGCCUUUCUAGUUCCAGCCAAAGCUAUCUUGGCCUUGGAGAGGUGGAAGUGUCCCCCAGAAGAGGAGAUCUAUGGUAACUGGAGUAUGCCCCUGGAUACCUCUCAUAUCUGGCACCCUAGGAUCCGCGAGGUCCAGGGUGCAAUCAUGGUGUCCAGUACGAUAGAGGUGCUGAUUGGGCUGAUGGGGCUGCCUGGGGCCCUGCUCAGCUACAUUGGGCCUCUCACGGUCACCCCCACUGUCUCCCUCAUUGGUCUCUCUGUUUUCCAAGCUGCUGGUGACCGAGCUGGCUCCCACUGGGGCAUUUCAGCUUGCUCCAUUCUGCUGAUCGUCCUGUUCUCCCAGUACUUCCGCAACCUCACCUUCCUGCUACCUGUUUACCGAUGGGGCAAGGGUUUCACUCUCUUCCGCAUCCAGAUCUUUAAGAUGUUUCCGAUCGUGCUGGCCAUCAUGACCGUGUGGCUGCUCUGCUAUGUGCUGACCCUGACUGAUGUGCUGCCUGCAGAUCCCACAGCCUACGGCUUCCAAGCACGAACUGAUGCCCGAGGUGACAUCAUGGCUAGCUCACCCUGGAUCCGCAUCCCCUACCCAUGUCAGUGGGGCCUACCCACAGUGACUGUGGCUGCAGUCCUGGGAAUGUUUAGUGCCACACUGGCUGGCAUCAUUGAGUCCAUAGGUGACUACUAUGCUUGUGCCCGGCUGGCUGGUGCACCGUCCCCUCCGGUACAUGCUAUCAACAGGGGAAUUUUCACUGAAGGCAUCUGCUGCAUCAUUGCUGGGCUACUGGGCACAGGCAACGGGUCUACCUCGUCCAGCCCCAAUAUUGGGGUCCUAGGGAUUACCAAGGUGGGAAGCCGUCGAGUCGUGCAGUAUGGUGCAUGCAUCAUGCUGGUCCUGGGUGCCAUCGGCAAGUUCACAGCCCUCUUCGCCUCUCUCCCAGACCCCAUCCUGGGAGGAAUGUUCUGUACCCUUUUUGGUAUGAUCACCGCCGUGGGACUGUCCAAUCUGCAGUUUGUAGACAUGAACUCCUCCCGCAACCUCUUUGUACUGGGAUUCUCCAUGUUCUUUGGCCUCAUGCUGCCCAAUUACCUGGAGUCCAACCCAGGUGCUAUCAACACAGGCAUUUCCGAAGUGGAUCAGAUCCUCACUGUGCUGCUGACCACGGAGAUGUUUGUUGGCGGGUGCCUUGCUUUCAUACUGGACAACACAGUGCCAGGGAGCCCAGAGGAAAGAGGCCUGGUACAGUGGAAAGCUGGAGCCCAUGCCAACAGUGAGACGUCAGCCAGCCUGAAGAGCUAUGACUUCCCCUUUGGGAUGGCCAUGGUAAAAAGGAGUACCUUCCUCAGAUACAUUCCUAUCUGCCCAGUCUUCAGAGGAUUUGCUAACAAGUCAGAAAAUCAGACUCCAGGUCCAGAAGAUACUCCAAACAAUACAGAAACCACAUCUGUGUGCACCAAGGUCUGAAACUAACUACGAAAGGAAAGGAGGAACUGGACGUAACAAGAAAAGAAAACCACACAGAAGACAGAAGACCUGAGUUGGGAAUCUCAGCUCUGCCUUUUCCAAAUUCCCAUGUAAGCUUGGACAAAUCACCUCUGAGACUGUUUCCAUAUCAGCUUACAAAACAUCAGUAGGCCAAAGUCUCUAAGCACUCUAGAGACUUGCACUAGAAUUAUUCUGUUUCCCACGUUUACUUUCCUAAGCAUACAUGUCAAUGUAAAGAAAUAGUGGGAAAUUCUCUACAUUGAGAGUUGGGAGUUGACAAAAAGGAAAUCAGGAGAUUCCAGGGGUAAAUGCAGACAUGCAGGUAGGCUUUUUUUUUUUUAAACGGAAUUUAAUUCUAAUGUCAUGUAUUUUAAGACCAAAAUAUAAUACUAAACAGUACAUUGGACCAAUAACUUAGAUAAAUAUCCCCCAUUCCCACAGGGAAAUAAAUCUAAAUUUUAAUUAAUGUCUCAGGCCUGGGCUUGAUCUUCAGCAUUAUAUACACAGAAAUAAAAACCCUUAAGAGCGAACAUGGUUUAAUUGUAAAACCCAGAAGUCUUUUAUAUAUAAUCUCUGGCAGCUAGAGGAGUCUAAGAAUGAAUUAAAGUACUCUCAAAUAGUUUGAGUUAAACUAAUCAGUUUCUGUGUUAUGGAUUUAUGCAAAUUCCAGCUUAUACUCAAGACUAGCAAAGGUUCAUCAGAGCACCAGUAUCAUUUGACACGACUAAUGCACCCAUAAGCAAGCAUCUUGACAUCAUAUACCUUGUUCAGCUAGGUCACUGUCAUUUACUGCAACAAAGAUUAUACCACAAUGUAAAUGUUUUCUGCAUUGUCCUUUAGUUGCAGAAUGGUUUCCAAAGCAUGACGGGGAGGAUGACUCUAAACUAUCUCCUCUGGGAUGCUUUCAAACAAUUAUCAUGCUUAAAACCUGAUUCUUCAAGUUUAGGUGAUUAUGACAACAGCUUAGUAAACGAAUGCACACUGAACAGACAACAACGAAGAAAUUCCAGAGCCCAGGAGUUCCAGAUAAUUCUCUUGGCUAGAAAAAUGAACAUUGAAAACCAGAAAAGAAAUGUAAUUGCAUGUGGAGGAUGGUGGCUCAUGCUUGUCAUUCCAGGUCUUGAGAGACUGGAGCAUGAGGGUUACUCUCUAAGUCUGAGGCUAGCCAGGGCUAUGCAUUGAGUUUCAGGUUGGAUUGUGCUGCAGUGAGACCCUGUUUCAAACAUCCACCCACUUCACAAAACAAAGUCUUGUCUUUUAUCUUAAUUUUAGUAAAAGACUCAUCAGGGUCUACUUUAGUGACGAUGAGAACUUUAUUGCAAGGGCAUUAGCAGCGAUGACACUGAGGAUAAGCAAGAACAUAAAUCUAGCUUUGCGUUCUUUUCCUGCCAAAUGCUUGUAAAAGCAUCUCAAAGAAACCCAAUCAGGAGAUCUAAGAAAUUUUAUCAGAUAAAAAUUUCCAGAUUUUACCAAAUGUUUAGGUGAUAAAGAGCAACACUUUCAUCAAGGUACUUUUAUAUAAUCAAGCCAUAUGGUAAUAUUGUAAAUUUUGUACUACUCCAAGACAUUCAGAUACUUCAAGGGCAACAUAAGUUUAAUGCAACAUCAAGGUUGAACCAACAAGUUAUCCUAUGUGAGACUGGGGGACCUCUGAUUCCACGCUUAAAAAGAGUGGGAAAUUUUUCAAAGGGAAGAGUUGUGGAACUCUUCUUAAAUAGAGUGUAGCUGGAUUUUCCACUUAUGGGAAAGAUGAGGUAGGGUCUAAAAAGAU